CAGGACAGGACAGGACAACGCCAAUCCCAUUGAGAAUUACUUCCACACUGUCUACUCUCCUCAUUUAGAAGGAUGACAAAGAAGAGGACAGUUGACUCUACUCAAGAGGGCCCAAGAAAAUCUUCUGUCUGAGUUUCCAGGGGAAGCUUAUAUUGAGAGCACAAGGUGGAUAUUCUCUCUGGACUAAGCAAGAGUUAGGGACACUUCCAGCCAGCUCACCUGAGUCUGAAUUGGUGGAGGUGAGAGAAGGUUAAGGUGGGAAGGGCUCAGAGGCUCCUGUCCAAGUGCAUGUUUCCAGGUCCAGACAGACACAUUCCCCCUUCUCCCAGGAUCAAUUAUUCAUAUGCAUGAGGUUUCCUGUGUGUCAGGGUGGAACAAGGCGGGCUGCGGUGGCUCAACUCAAAACUGUGGCACAGUGCGCUGUGAGACUGAAGGAGCAGAAAACACGCGGACAAGAGGCAUAGAGGAUACAGAGAGAAAGAUUGUGUAACAGUUGGAGAUCAAAGGUCACAAUAGCAGAGGAGAAUAAUUUGAGGAGAGUUUUUGUUUGCCGUUGGGGAGAAUGAAGGCUCUACAGAAGAAUCAGGGACGCACUGACCAGAUGUUGGGAGCCAUGGCUGAUGUGCUUACUUCUGUGGCCAUGCCCAAUCAACAGUGGCUCUCAGAAGGGGGCGAGGCAGACCUCCCAUCAAGCGAGGAGGAAAAGGGGCCUGUGCAAAGCCAGUGGGAGCCAGAGGGGCUGGAGUGGGAGCAGCAGGUCACUGCUACAGAAAACAUGGAGCGGAGAGAAAGAACAGACUCAUACUCGGCAGCAGGCAGCGAGGGGAGCAUCUCCACCUCUGUGGCGUCACUGCCCCCGCAGGCAUCAGGCAGCUCAGCCCCCAGCUCCCCGGGCUCCAGACGCUCUGUGAGCACCCUGAAGAAGUGGCUCACAAACCCUGUCCGAAAACUCAGUGCCGGGGCCACCGCCAAAGGGGAGCGUCAGGUCCGCAAACUUGAGGGAAAGCCUCCACCUCUUCCAUCCCAGAGCCAUAGCCAGGAUCUGGGCAGCCCUCCGAGGACAGAUGACACUCUUACCAUUCUGCCAGUCACCCACAGAGAACUGGAGUGGAAGGAUGGCCUGGCAAGCCCUGAGGACCUGUCACCAGCUACACUACAGUCCCCGAGCUACAUAACUGACUCACUGGUCGGCUGCACAUCACUGCCAAACACCCAGGACACUCAGUCCACCAGUGUUCUGCCAGAUGACAGCGGCUCUGUCUUGAUGGAUGACACCUCCAGCCAAUGGUCAGCUGCGGCUGAGACUGAAGAGGAGAGGGGGAGUGCCUUAGAGAAAAGCAUGUAUGUACUGAAGGAGCUUAUUGAGACAGAGAAGCACUAUGUGACAGACCUGGGGCUCAUAGUGGAGGGCUACAUGGGCACAAUGAGCUCUAAAAGUAUACCGGAGGACAUGAAGGGAAAAGACAAGAUUGUUUUUGGGAACAUUCACCAAAUAUUUGACUGGCAUAAAGACUACUUCCUGGGAGAGCUGGAGAAGUGUUUGGCAGAGCCAGAGAGGCUGGCUCAGCUCUUCAUUAAACAUGAGAGGCGUCUGCAUAUGUAUGUUGUAUACUGUCAGAACAAGCCCAAAUCGGAACAUAUCGUCUCAGAGUAUAUAGAGACUUACUUUGAGGAGUUGCGGCAGCAGCUGGGCCACAGGCUGCAGCUCAACGACCUGCUCAUCAAACCUGUCCAGAGGAUCAUGAAGUACCAGCUGCUGCUCAAGGACUUCCUGAAGUAUUACACCAAAGCUGGGAUGGACACAGAGGAGUUGGAGAAAGCAGUAGAGGUGAUGUGCUUUGUGCCAAAACGUUGCAAUGACAUGAUGAAUGUGGGCAGGCUACAAGGCUUCGAGGGGAAGAUCACAGCCCAGGGCAAACUGCUCCAGCAAGACACCUUCACUGUUACCGAGCAGGACAGUAGCUUCCUGUCCCGAGCCAAGGAAAGACGGGUCUUCCUUUUUGAGCAGCUUGUCAUCUUCAGUGAGCCAAUUGACAGAAAGAAAGGUUUCUCGCUCCCUGGAUACAUCUUUAAGAAUAGCAUCAAGGUGAGCUGCCUGGGGGUGGAGCCCAGCGUGGAGGGCGAUGAUGCCCGCUUUGUGCUGACGUCACGCAACCCCGACGGGAGUGUGGUGCGCUUCCAGUUGCAGGCCUCCUCCCCUGAGAUCUGUAGGGCCUGGGUCAAUGAUGUUGUUCAAAUCUUGGAAUCCCAGCGCAACUUUCUCAAUGCCUUACAGUCGCCUAUUGAGUAUCAGCGGCGAGAGAGCAAGUCUAAUAGCCUGGGCCGCAGCAUGAGGCCCCCUCUGUCUGCUGCCAGUGCCCUUCGGCCCCACUCCUCCGCCUCUAUUGACCGUCAUAAGCUGCCCUCCCUUCACUCUCACAACACCUCCCUGCCCACGCUCUACCUGCCCAGCCAAGGCCAGGGCCAAGGACCCAGCGAGGCAUACUUACUGCGGGACCCCACUGUGGUCCAGCCAUGCCCUGCUGACUCCCACACUGUUUCUCCGUCACAUGUCCAACUGGGCUUCACUGAUCAGCCAAACUGUCAAGCUGUGUCAAAUGGGCUGUACACACCCACCACACAAAGUGCACAGCAGAGAGCAGGAGAGGGCUGCCGAAGGGGUCAAGCUACUGAUGCUGGGUGCCAGGCUCCAUUGUCGGGCCCGUCAGCCGGACGACGCCCCAGCAACCUGGCUCAGCUAGCCGAGGACGACCUAUGAACUCUGACACUAUCUGUCUCCUGGGUUAGGAGGACAGCAGCUAACGCCACAGCUGUGGGGACAAGAAGACUUGUCUACUGUCUGUUUAUGCCAGGCUGGACCCUUAGCAGGUUCAGUCAUGAUUUCUGGAAGAUAAUGAAGGAACCUGAAGGAACGUAUGAAGGAAUUAUGGGCUGCAACUAUAAAAUGAUGUUGCUCCUAUUUUUAGAGAGCCAUUCAAUGGGAGGUGACUAGCCUUGGCUACCUUGAGUGCACAUGAACAGUAUCCAGUGGGAUGUUACUGGGCUCCGAGUAAAAACACUCAACGGACAUUCAGUGUUAUGACAAUAUCUGCUUUUUACCUUUUUGAGAGUUUGUAUACCAUACUCUUCUCUCUUUCAAAGGGCAAGGGGAAUUUGAUUGAUGAAGAAAUAUUCAUUCCUAAUUGGGGCGGUCACUGGAGUUAUGUGUGUGCCUGGAUGUAUGUUUAUGCAACAAUGUGUGGAUGUGUUUGAGUGUGCAGGUGGUCAGUGGUAAUUCUGAUGCCCCAUUGUGAAGACGUACAGCUACAUUGAUACAUUUUGUCAUUCCCCUGCUGACAACUGAGUUUGCUGUUUAUGUCGAUAAAAAUGGGAAAAGCAGAACACUUGAUGUGAACAUGCCACAAGGACUUAACUCACUCGAAUUUCAACUGAAAGAGAAGAACUUUCUUUCUUGCCACAGUGUUGAGAGCUCCUGUGUGCUCUCUUAUUCUGUUUGACUCGCCCUCCUUUGAUCUGGACAAAAAAGGUGUGAUGGAGCCCCCUGGAGGUUCUCUUUGGGUAUGACGUCACUUUAGAAUACAUUUUGCUCUUUGGGCAACUCCAGAGGAGUUGUUAAAUACAGUAGGUGCAUUCAAAGAGACUGCUGUGCUGACCCAAAUUGUUGCAUGAAACAUGUCCAUGACUGUCACAAUGCUACUUUACACAGAUUUUUCUUUCCAGGUCGAAGAGGGGUGCUUGUGGUUUUGGGGACACGGGUCCUUAAAAGUGCAUUGGUUUAAACUAAUAUGAAUUGUUUUAUUAGUCCACUGUUGUCAUGUCAAGGCUGUGCACCAUUUCUAUAAUCUCUGUUAGCUUUUGCCCUUGUGGACUAAAUACUGUAUAGUGCAUACCAUGAAGGCAACCAUACAUUUCCACUUGUAAGAUGAAGAAUGACCCAGGUAUGCCAAGAAAUGUUACCACUCCAGUUGGUUAAAAUGAAGGAUAAUAUGUUGCUGGACAAACUAAGUGAUGCUGAUGAAUCUGCAUGCUCCCUCUUCCUCAGACAACAGUGCCAAAAAUAGCAGCUCACAGCUCAAAUGCUUUAUACUAUAGUUCAGUUUGCCACUACUCUUCCUAAACAACUGUAGAUAUCUGUGUUACAAUCGGGAUUGUGACACCUAAGUGACAAAAAGAUAAGAGCUGAGUAGAUGAGGGGGGCUAUCCUGUCAAUAUCGGGUCAGUUCUUCUUUGUGGCCAGUAGAGGGUCCCAAAAGGCUUUCACUUUAAUUUAAGUUGUAUCAUACAGCUGCACCAAAGAUCAAUAGGCCUCAUAUUUCAGUGCUCUCACAAUAAAGCAAAAGCUGCUGAAUAAUCUGUCCAGGAAUCAACAAUAAAUCACACAAAGUAAAAUGAGAGGUGCGACAUUCGGUGAGGGGAACCAUCUCACAGAAUCCAUCUGCAGUUACUGUGAACUCGCGUGUUUUCAUGGGAAUUACCGAUCAGGCAUUAACACAAAGUAAAUACCACUACAGAGAACCAAAAGCAAGGAAGUAAAACCAAGAGAGGGUUGGUUAAUGCCAUGUUUGACUGAGUAGAAACUGUCGUAUCAUAUCAAAUAAAAAAGUGUCUUUUUUGAAACUGA